AUGUCACUCCCUGGAAGCAGGCUCUGGGUCCUGCCCUUCCUGUGCUUCUGCAUUCUGCUCCUGGCCUGCACAGGGGGUGAGGGGGAACGGGGGGCGGUGUGGGGACCCGGGGGCUGGGUGGAGUUGUGCCAGGAUGACGGGCCCUCAGGGACCCCGGGCUCUCCGACGCCCAAGCUGAAAGAGAGUCGCUGGAGCCAGGUGCAGAGCAGAAUGAAGGAGCUGUGGACCAAGUCCAGAGAAAAGUGGCAGUGGUUCUGGGGCCCCAAGGCCUUCCAGGGCUUUGUGCAGACCUACUACGACGACCACCUGAAGAACCUGGGUACCCGCACCAAGACGUGGCUCCAGAACUCCAAGGACGCCCUGCUGGAGAAGGCCCACAGCCUGUGCCCACGGCUCCUCUGCAAGGACGAGGACUAG